GCUUCACCAUGGCGACGGCCGCAGGCCCCAGGCGAUUCUGCCGCUGCGCCUGUUUCUGCUACCAGGACUUGUACUCGGCGCGCUACGGGCUGCACCUGCGUUUCCACGAUAAGCAGCAGCUGCGCCGGGAGUACGGCGCGAUAACCCUGUGGCUAACUCAGGACACUGGCUUGCCUAGGGGCACACAGUCCUGCUAACUGGUCUCUCUGGCCGCAGCUCCUGCGCAGCCGUGGCUGCGUCAGCACCGAGGACUUCCUGCAACUCCUAGAGGAGGCACGGCCACCACCCCGGUUUCAGCUGUUGUGACACCUUGACACCUGCAGUGAAUCCUGUCAGGUUCAGAAAUAUAGAGCUUCCAGCUUGGGCCUCACUCUGGCCUUCCUGGGCCAUGCACGGUCACUUGCCGGGAUCAGAGGUCCUGCUUUAUAAUUGCCUGUGCCACCCCAGCUUGAGCAGGAGGUGCAGCGCCGCCGCAGGCUGGGGCAGGAAUCAGCUGCCCGGAAAUCCGUCAUUACCAGCUCCUACCGCCCAGCCAGGCCUGACAUCUACAGCUCCCUGCAGGAUGCAGCUCUGGCCCCUGAGUUUCUGGCCGCGACUGAGUAUAGUGCAUCCCCAGGUGCAGACCUUGACGGACUUCUCCAGCGGUUAGAGACAGUGUCAGAGGAGAAGCGCAUCUACCGGGUGCCUGUGUUCUCUGUAGCAUUCUGCCAGAUCCUGCUGGAGGAGUUGGAGCACUUCGAGCAUUCAGACAUGCCCAAAGGAAGGCCUAACACUAUGAACAACUAUGGGGUGUUGCUGCAAGAGUUAGGGCUGGAUGAUCCACUGGUGACACCACUGCGGGAGCGCUUCCUGCAGCCACUGAUGGCCCUGCUGUACCCAGACUGCGGUGGGGGCCGGCUUGAUAGCCACCGUGCCUUUGUGGUCAAGUAUGCGCUGGGCCAGGACCUGGAACUGGGCUGCCACUAUGAUAAUGCUGAGCUCACCCUCAAUGUGGCUCUGGGCAAGGCCUUCACAGGGGGUGCCCUAUACUUUGGGGGCUUCUUCCAGGCACCUGCAGCCCUGAUGGAGCCCCUGGAGGUAGAGCAUGUGGUGGGCCAGGGUGUCCUGCACCGUGGUGGCCAGCUGCAUGGGGCCCAGCGACUAGGCACUGGCGAGCGUUGGAACCUUGUCGUCUGGCUCCGGGCUUCUGCUGUUCGCAACCGUCUCUGUCCCAUGUGCUGCCGUAAGCCAGACCUGGUAGACGAUGAGGGUUUCAGUGAUGGCUUCACUCGGGAGGAGCCUGCUAUGGCAGAUGUAUGUGCACUGACUUGAGCCUGGUUCUUUAAAAGGUGGUGGUGGGGUGGCAGUAGAAAGCUCUGCUGUCUUGGACUAGGAGGGCAGAAAUAAACUCUGGAGCCACGACACUCCUUGGAUCCAAUGGA